GAGAAGGAAGGAAUGGAAGGAAGAGAAUAUCUCCACCCUUUCCAUCCUGUUGGUCUCCUGGGUCCGGGAGCACUGGGCUCCGCCCUCUCCGCUCUAACACCUGGCGGUUGGGCGUGCCUCAGUUUCCCGGAGGCGGGGCGUUGCUCUAUCCCCGCUCCUCCCCUUGUUCCUCUUCCUCUUUGGGGCAUCCGUGGCCGCGCCUCGAGCACUCCCGGAACUGAACCAAGGUGCCAGACCCUCCGGAGGCGGGGGCCACGUCAGCGGGGCCUCCCCGGGCGGUGCGGGGUCCGGCGGGCGCCAUGCGACGGGGCGCAUUCCUGGCGGGCGCCCUGGUCGCCUACGCCGUGUACCUGGUGCUGGGCGCGCUGCUGGUGGCGCGGCUGGAGGGGCCGCACGAAGCCCAGCUCCGAGCCGAGCUGGAGACGCUGCGGGAGCAGCUGCUGCGGCGCAGCCCGUGUGUGGCGGCCCCUGCCCUGGACGCCUUCGUGGAGCGGGUGCUGGCGGCCGGACGCCUGGGGCGCGUAGUGCUCGCCAACGCUUCGGGGGCGGCCAACGCCUCGGACCCCGCUUGGGACUUCGCUUCGGCUCUCUUCUUCGCCAGCACUCUGGUCACCACCGUGGGCUACGGGUACACGACGCCGCUGACCGACGCGGGCAAGGCCUUCUCCAUCGCCUUUGCGCUCCUGGGCGUGCCGACCACCAUGCUGCUGCUGACCGCCUCGGCCCAGCGCCUGUCGCUGCUGCUCACCCACGCGCCCCUGUCCCGCCUGAGCAUGCGCUGGGGCUGGGACCCCCGGCGGGCGGCCCGCUGGCACAUGCUGACCCUGCUGGGGGUCAUAGUGAUCCUCUGUUUCCUGGUGCCAGCCGCGAUCUUCGCCCACCUGGAGGAGGCCUGGAGCUUCCUGGAUGCUUUCUACUUCUGCUUCAUCUCUCUGUCCACCAUCGGCCUGGGCGACUACGUGCCUGGGGAGGCCCCCAACCAGCCCUACCGGGCCCUCUACAAGGUGCUGGUCACAGUCUACCUCUUCCUGGGCCUGGUCGCCAUGGUGCUGCUACUGCAGACUUUCCGCCGCGUGUCCGACCUUCACGGCCUCACGGAGCUCAUCCUGCUGCCCGCUCCAUGCCCUGCCACCUUCAACGAGGACGAGGACGAUCGGGUGGACAUUCUGGGUCCCCAGCCGGAGUCGCGCCAGCAACUGUCUGCCAGCUCCCACGCCGACUACGCCUCCAUCCCCAGGUAGCUGGGGCAGGUGCCGUGAGGCCGGGUGGACCUGGCCUGGGACCGAGGGGCCCACGUGACUAGAGCUGAUCCUACAGGAACCUCUGGGUGCACAGGCAGGGGUUCCUGAUGCACAGCCACCAGCUGUCCGCCCUUUGUUCUACAGCCCAGCGGGGAGGCGGGGGCCGGCGCUCCCUGUUUCUGUGUCCCGGGCUCCACUGGGCACCAACAUUACCUCAUUGUCCUCCUUCCCUUUCUCCCAUUUUCCGUCACACUCUGUGCCUCUGGCUCUCUCACCUCUGUCUUUCCCUCAUACUGUCUCCCUGUUUCUCGUUCUCUCACAUGUCCCAUCUGUCUCUCUCUCAGCCACGCGUCACUUGCUGAUUCUACCAGGCUCUGGGCUCGGACUUCGUUUCAGGCUCUAGAUCAGUCGCUAUGUCUUGGACAAGUGACUACCCCUCCCUGAGCCUUGAGUUCCUCUCCUGUCACACCAAAAGAAUAUAUUCAUUUAUCCCCAAAUCCCUCCUUUUUGCUGGGCCGGUGCUAGACAGUGCUAGGGACACAGCAGUGGUGGAGAUGGCCCUGGGCCUUCCUCCCAUGAGGCUAGCAGUCCUGUGAGGUAGACAGCCCUGUCCCCAGACAGUGACAGCCCAAAAUGAGCAGGACUUCAAAUGGGGAGGCAGAGUGAUCAGAGGUGUGAUGGAGAAAGCACUGGCAGAGUGGUCAGGGUCAAGGUGGGGGAAGCACAAGGAAUUUGCCCAGUCCAGCCUGGAAGGUCAGGGAGGGCUUCCUGGAGGAAGGGACAACUGAACUAUGAUCUGAAAUCUGAAGAGUAGUCGGGAGAAGUUGCACCUGAUUUGUUUUUCUCAAGUGUCUCCGGAGAGCAGGAGCCAUUCAAGGAGCCCUGGGGUAGGCCCGGGUGAUAGAAUCUUCCUGAGCAGCCUGGCAGGCAGGAAACUGACACAGGACGCCAGCCCAGAUCUGAGUGGCUCGGGAGGUGCUGCUCUUAGCCACAAUACUAUUGUAACAGGUGUCCCCUUUUACUCAGCACUAAUUGCAUGUCUGCACUGGGCUCUGGAGCCAACCUGCUUGGCUUGGGCUCAAAUCCCAAUUCAGCCACAUCCUGCCUGCGUCCUUGGGCAGUCACUCUACCUCUCUGAUUCCUUUCCUCAUCUGUAAAGUGGCGACUGUAAUAGUACUUCUUCCAAAGACGAUUCACAGAGCCUGCCGUGUUGUUCUGUGGUACUUCCUGUGGCCAAGCUCUGUUCUGGGUACUUUAUGCACGAGAGAGAGGAUAUUAAUCAUCCCCGUUCCACAGAUGGAGAAACUGAGGCACAGAGAAGGGAGGUCCCUUGUCUUAGCCACAAAGUGAGGAAGUGAAUGACUUUCUGUUCGAUCCCCCAAGCUGGGACGUCAGUGUGAGCCUCACUGCCCUGGCUGAGCUCCUCACUACCACGCCCUGUGGGGGUUACACAGGGAUGGGGCAUUUGAGCCUCACCUUGAGGGCAGACAAGCAGAAAAGGCGUGGAGAGGGCAUGGCAGGCAGAAGGAGCUGUGUGCAAAGCCGGGAGGUGGGACAGCGUGUUGGACAUCAGCCUGUGGCAGGCAGUUUACUGUGACGGGAGUAUGGAGGGGCAGGGGAGUGGAGGGGUGGACAUGGGUACAUCUUAAGUGUCCUUAAAUGACAAGCUUGGGAACCUGGCCUCUUUCCUGAGGGCACUAGAGAGCCGUGGAAGGGUUUUGAAGAGAGGGUCAUGGUCAGGUUCGACACCCCAGUUGCCGCGCGGAGAUGGACCAGAGGGGAAGGCCGCCGUAGGAGCAAAGCAGGAGGUGACGGGGCUGGGCAGGGCCAUGGGAGGGGAGAGAGGUGGGAGCAAGGAUUCGUAGGAGCCAAGUGGACAGGCCAUUGGCCUUAAAAUGGAGGAGGGGCGAGGAAUGGUCAGUUGUCCCUGAAAUGGGGACCUGGGAGGAAGAGCAGAUCUGAGGGGAGACCUGAAGCUAGUUUAGAGUAUGGUGGGUAUGAGGGGCUAAAGGGACACCCAGGGGGAGGUAUCGAGAAUUCACAGACCCCCCAGGGCUGGGGCUCAGGGGGGUGGUUAAGGCUGAGGACGGAGAGAAGGAACUGAGGCCAGGAGGGUGGGUGUGGCAGCCCUGGGAGGGAGUGAAGACCAGCCAUGGGUCAUGAGCCCGAGUGUAUUUAUAUGUUUAUAUUAUAUCAGGAGAGAUUUUGGCUGCAGGUAAUAAAAUCAUGACGGGCCCAGGC